AUGUCUUCCUCCUCUUUAUUUUUUGUCGAAAAAUUCUCAACAUGGUUAAGCCCAAUUUUAUUAUUUUUCUUUAUUUUAUUAUCUUUUGGUGGUUUAUUUGGGAAUAGUUUAGUUAUUGGUGCCGUAAUUGGAAAUAAAAAAAUGUGUAAAUCUGCAAUGAAUUUAAUGCUAAUUAAUUUAGCAUUGGCUGAUUUAUUUAAUUUAGCUUUAACUUCGUUAGAAUGGGCCCCAACUCUUUGGAUUGGUCGUCCCCAUUGGCCUAUAAAUUGGCGUUGGGGUUGCCCUUUAAUUAGAUAUUUUGAAUGUGUUUUCCUUUUUGCUUCAAUUUUAAGUCAAUUAAUUGUUUGUAUUGAAAGAUUUAUUGCAAUUUGUUAUCCUCUUCAAGCACGUAGAUUAUGUUCAAAUAAAAAGGCUAUUUAUUCACUUAUAAUUAUUUGGAUUUUUGUUUUAUUAUUUUCUCUUCCAAAUAUAUUAUUUAAUAGAAGAAUUAAUUUAUUUAUUAAUUUGUCAGAAAAUAAUAAUAAUGAACAUUUAACAAUUUGUAUAAAUCCUUGGUCAAGUCGCCGUUCUUGGAUUAUUUAUAAAUGGGCUGAAUUUAUUUUAUUUUUCUUUACUCCAGCUAUUUGUUGUGUUUUGUUGUAUUCUCAAUUAUUUUUAACUUUAAAAAACCCAACAACCGGCUCUUUUUCAAGUUUAUCUAAAGAAGUAUUUUUACUUGACAAAAAUACUUAUAAACGUAUAUAUGCAAGACGGAGAGUUGUUAGAUUGUUAAUUGGGUGUGUUGCUGUACAGUUACUUUGUUAUUCACCAAUUCAAGCAAUUUUCUUGGCAAAGUCUCUCUUUAAUUUAACAUUUUUCAUUCCUUAUGGACUUGUUCUUCUAUUAAAUGCUUUAACAUUAGCUUGUUCAGCAGCAAAUCCUCUAUUAUAUACUUUAUGUUCAAGCAAUUUCCGUGAUAGAAUUAAAGAAAUGAUUUUAAAAGAAACAAAACAAGAUUUACAUCCAACAUCUUUUAAAAUUGCUGUUGCAAAUAGAAAAUAUAUUAAAAAUAAUGAAGAGAAUGAAAGAAGAUUUUUAGAAGAGAAGGAAAAUGUUUUAAAUAAUUGUUAA